UAUUCACAGAGAUACCGAAAUGGCAGGAAUCAGUUCACAAGCAAACAUCAAGGAAAAGAUCAACGCAGUGCGGUCCAUUGUUCCUAACAAAAGCAACAAUGAAAUUGUGCUUGUACUACAGCAGUUUGAUAACAACGUAGACAAAGCAGUGCAAGCUUUUAUGGACGGCAGUGCACUUCAAGUUCUAAAAGAAUGGAAUAUGACAGGGAAAAAGAAGAAUAGCAAAAGGAAAAGAAGCAAAUCUAAACAGCAUCACUAUGGCAAAGAUAUGAAAGAUAAAGAUGAGGAGGCAGAGAAAGUGUCUCUGGAAUCCCAAGAGCUGCUCGGCUGCCAUCUGAAUUGCUGUGAUAAGGAAGCUUUUCCCAGCAAAUCUGGCAGUGGAACAGCUAAAGCGGUUCUUCAAGAGGAGAAGAACUUGGAAUACAAGGUUAUGGGAGAGGCAAAACCAGAAAUCACAGGACAAAAGGCAGAACUCAAGAAAGUACUUCUAGAGGCCGAUCGAAAAUAUGUAAAUAGCACAGAGCCCCCGGAUGCAUCACUGUCCCCUCAACCCCAGUCCAAUGUUGGCAGGCCAAAGUCAAAAACACCCGCUGUUAAAUCAUCUUUGUCUGUAUCCCAUCUUGAAAUAAAACCAGAAGAUUCAUCAAAGAAAAGAGGUCCAAAUAUUGAAAAAUCGGUGAAAGAUCUUCAGCGCUGCACUGUUUCACUAACAAGAUACCGGAUGAUGAUUAAGGAGGAAGUGGAUAAUUCAGUAAAGAAGAUCAAAGCUGCCUUUGCCGAAUUACAUAGCUGUAUUAUCGACAGAGAAGUGGCUUUAAUGGCAGAAGUUGAUAAAGUUAAAGAAGAAGCCAUGGAAAUCUUAACUUCUCGUCAAAAAAAAGCCGAAGAAUUGAAGAGGCUAACAGAUUUGGCUAGUCAGAUGGCAGAGACGCAGAUGGCGGAACUCAGGGCGGAAAUUAAGCAAUUUGUAAGUGAACGGAAAUAUGACGAAGAGCUGGGUAGGUCUGCCCGCUUCUCCUGUGACAUUGAACAGUUGAAGACUCAGAUUCAACAAUGUGGAGAAAUUUCUCACCCAAAGAAUAAUUAUUCCUCGAGAACACCAUCCAGCACACUUCUGCAGGCAGCCGCCUCUCACGCAGCAGCCGGCAUUCACAGCACAUCCUCCCGAAAGUCUUCUAGUCGUGCCAAGAUUCCUGAUGUUAAAACGCCAGUGGCCAAAGUCUCUAGUCAAGUUUUUGCCAAUACCACAGACUCUUCUCCUCAGAUGGUGUCAACAAAUAAGCAGAAUGGAUCUUCCAGUCAGAGACGAAGAUUUCACACUCACUAUUACGGUGUUCGACUCAAUGGAUCUCUUAAGCCACAAAAUGCCAGCCCCCAGACAGACCAGAACAAUACCAAGGGUAAUUCCCGGCAUGAAUACAGAAGACAGCACCAUAACAGCUUCAGGCCAAAGAACAAGGGUAUUAUGAAAACCUUAGAGCAAUCGACACCGGCAAAAAGCAUGGAAAACCUCACGUGCCCGGAAAGGAACCGUCAGAAGCAUCCCGUGCCAGGCCCUACGGAGCCCAGAGCUUUAUGCAGUAACAUUACAAGGGUUUCCCCAUGCAAUUUAUGUCCUGCAAGGAUAGAGGCCUCCACAGACACUCCAGUCCUUUCAGUUCCAGCUGUGACUAUGGUAGCAUGAAGAACGGGAGAAAC